CCGUAAACCCUCACAUAAAGGCGAUAAUCUUGGUGCGGAAAUUUGCAAAUGUCCAUGAGUUCCCAAGUCUAAUUAGACAUGGAUACGUUUGAAAACGUACAUGUUUUCUCUCAGACAACUGCAGAGAUAUCUCAAGAGUACAUCGGCAAGUUUCAUGAAGCAGAAAUCGUACCGAAUUACUUGCACGAGUUGAGCCAAAAAGCCGGGGUCGAACUUGUUUCUCGAGACGGUGUGUACGAAGUGAAGGGUUCUUGGCUGUCGGUGAAUCGUGCCCAUUCCUUCCUCGGGAAAUUCCUGCUGACAUAUGGACAGACCAGGGUGGACACCGUCUCCAUGGUCCCACCGGACCCUUCCAUAUCGAAGGAAGAGGAGGAGGGGCUAGAUUUCCUCAACAGAAAAACUUUUCCCACUUUCACAAAUCCAGUUUUCAGGAAAAGUCAAAAGGAAGAUGUGGAAGCCCAAUCAAAAAAGCCCGACCAUGCCAGUCAUAUUGAUCAGCAUUUACCACAGGAUAAGAUCUUAGUGGCUAAACCUCAUAAGAUGCCUCCUGAGCCUGUAGUUUUGUAUGCUGGGUACCAGUUACCUACGAAAGAAGCAGAAUCAAGGCGAAAGACUCUGGAAGUUCUUAAAAAUGUGUACAAAAUGGAACAGAACUAUCAAAUCGCAUUGACACAGCCAAAAGGUAUGUCCAGUGCUGGAAACUCAACAGGGCAGGACCAGACUGGUGAGUGUGAACCCGAAGAAGCAAAUGUUCAGAAUGAAACAGGGGAACAUUCAAAAGAUACUGAAACUGAGCUGGGUGAUAACCCUGGUAGUAGUUCCUUGCCUGAGGAACCAAUGUAUGAUGGCCAAGAAAAGCUUAUUACAGAAAUUAAGGAAGAAAAUUUGGAAAAGCUGGAUACAAACACAUCUAGAAAGAGACACACUUUGAUUAAAGCUCUAAGCAAGGAAGAGACUGCUGCAAAGAGGAUGAAGGUGGAAACUAUUGCUAAAAAUAUUUUGUCAAAUGUGCCCACAGUAGAGACUGUCAAUGUUGUCAGUACUGAAGAUUCAGGGAAACUUACGAGUGAUGAAAAAGUUGCUGUGGUUGUAGAAACAGAAGAGGAGGAGAAAAAUAUUCCCAAGCAAACUGAGGCCAUUGAUGAAGAUCCACCACCUCCACCUGUUGAAGAAGAAGAUGAUGAUGAUGGCAAUGGCGUCCCAGAUGAUGAUGUUAUUGAAGAUGAGGAGAGUGAUUUUAAAGAUGAUUCUGCUGAUAAAGAUUAUUCAGGAGAGACUGAGAUUGAGAGCGCUGAUGAUGGAAAGAUAUCAGCCUCAGAUAAUGAGUAUAUUCCGGAGGAAAAAGUAUCACUGAGCAAAAUUAAAGCGACAACUAAACGAACAACAAGACGAAGUAAAGCUAAACAAGAAUCAGCAAAACCACUACCGUCAAAUAAGAGAGGAAGGGGACGACCUCGAAAAGGUUUCCCUAUGAAAAUUGAAGUAAAACUGCCAGCAAAGUCUUCCCAAAAGUCAGAUCCACCAAAGUCAAAGAAAAAGCAGAUGAGUGGUGCUCAGAAAAGAAGGGGAAGACCAAAGAGGAUGGCAUCGGAAAUCCCUAAAGAAUUCCAUUGUGACAAAUGCCCUUAUUUUGCAAACAAGCGAUGCCAUUUGAGAGAACAUGAAAGACGAGUCCAUAUAACCAAAGAAUUCAAAUGUGAACAUUGUGACAAAAUAUUUGGGUUUGGAAAAGAUUUGAAACGUCAUCUAAAAACUCAUCUGAAGCCUCAGAAUUGUUGUGACAUCUGUGGAAAGCUGUAUAAGGGAGUUAAGUCCCUUGUUGAACAUAGGCGAACACAUGAAGACGGGUAUGUAAAACCGGAAUUUGAAUGUGAGAUAUGCAAAAAUUUCAGCACAAAAUAUGUUCUUGCAUACCAUAUCAAAUCUGAACAUCUAGGUAUGAAAAGAACAUACAUGUGCCCCACGUGUGGCAAGAGCUUUUCUCAAAAGAACUCAUAUCUCCAGCAUGCAAAUGUUCACAUGGGUUUCAAACCUUAUAAAUGUGAAGUCUGUGGUAAAGCUUUUUCAUAUGAGAAGUCUCUUAAAGAGCAUCGAUUCAUGCACGAUGACAUCCGUCGAUUUAAGUGUCCAGUGUGUGAAAAAACAUUCAGACAGUCAUCUGCUGUAACUAUUCACAUGAAAGUUCACAAGGAGACCAAGGACUAUGUGUGCAUGGCUUGUGGGAAAGGGUUCAGUCAAAAACAGGCCUUGAUUCGCCAUGAGAGAAUUCAUCUUGGUGAGAAACCUUUCUCAUGUGGCUUGUGUGGCAGGAACUUCACGGAUUCCUCGAUCUUGCGUAGACAUAUGAUUCUGAUUCAUAAAAAGGAUCCUAAAAAAUGGCGUGAAGACACUAUUAACAAUACAGUAAGACGUACUGACUUUUUCAUAGACGUCUUACCAGGAGUUGGGGAGGAAGAACAAGCAAAGGACGUAACGAUAAAAGAGCCAGAAGUCCAUGUAAAUACAGGUGCCCUUAACACUCCGCAUCCUGACCUUGUGGCACCAGUCUCCGCAACAUCAGGUUCAGAGCCGAUUAAUAUGACCACCCAAAGUUCAGUACGAGAUAGGGAUGUUGAAGGAUUUCCUGGUGAAAGACAGAAUGCCACAGAAAUGGAACCUCAGAGAUCAACAGAGCACACAUACCAUAUGCCAAUAUCACAAGUUCAUUCAGAAGGUAUGCAGAGUGUGUCACAUGAUAGUUCAUCACAUAUCGGCGACCCAAAGAUGUCUGUCCAGAACCAUGGUGUCCACUCGGGAACAGGGUUAACACAUCAAGGCAACCUUCAAGGACAUCUUGAUCCUAAGUCGGAAGGUGGGGACUACUUAGCUGGAGGCUUGCCAGCCCAUCAGAUGUCGUACAGUAUGAUGGGUCAAGGGGGUUAUCCAUAUCCACAAAUGGUUAUGUUACCCGAUCCAAAUGUUCCGUUUCCUCCGCCCAGCGCUGCUUCUUAUCAACAACAGUUCGCAGAUCCCAUUACAUCCCACCAGUUUACUGCAUACAAUCCUCCGCAGUCAUAGGCCAAUCUUAGCUCAAGCUCUGUCAUCUUGAGAUGUUGUUUACAUGUAGUGUUCGAAAUUUGGAUGGAUGCUUGGUGUUGCUUUUGUAGUAUACCAGUCUCGGUACCUUAAAAUCUCCAACUUCUCACAAGAGGGCAAUUUACAAGGACCCUCGGACUCUUCAACUCAAUUUUGAACAUUGUAUGCUGUGUAUCUUUAGGGUUCAUAUUGGCAUUGUCCAUUGGUAUGUUGAGUUUACCAUAUUUGCCAUAUUAGGUGCCCAGAUCCAGUAAAUGCGUCUUUGUCGGCACCUAGUACUGAACCUGAAAUUGACAAUCCCCAUUUUCUUGUGUAUAUUACAAAUCCUUUAACAAAACAGUUGACAUUGUACAAGAUGUAUAUGUUGGCCAAGUAACUAUCAUCAAAGUUGUAGUCAUUUGUCUACUAUAGACCUCUGACAACAACAUUUAACUUGUGUAUGGUUUUGAUUAA